GUUUUCUUGUAGUCCAUUUUCAAGACAAUAACCGCCGAUUCCUGAGUCACCUUUUUUCCAACCAACCAAACAAACCAGCCACCACGCUCCCAAGUCCUUCCAACUUCCAAUUUUCAACUACAAACCCGACAAAAACAUAGACCAAAACCACAUCGAAGAUCCAAUCCCAAUUAUGGUGUCUUUAACCGAAUUUCCAGCCGAGCUUCUCGGCCAGAUAUUCCGUGGAUUGCCACAGGCGGAUCUCGCUUCGCUCUGCAAAGUCCAAUCCACCCUGCGCGAAGCAGCAGUACCACUGCUCUACGAGAACGUUCACUUUCUUUGGAAUGAUUUGGAUGUUCCACCUAUCAUCCAAUUCCUCCGAAGCAUUCUCAUCCACCGGGACUUGGCACUGCACGUCCGCCAUCUCGAGCUACUGGGCACAAGUUUUCACAGGUCGUCGCCCUACGCAACGCCCAAAAUUCCCGUGGACACGAAUCUGAUCGGUCCGCUGAUCAGCGCAAUUGAGAAUUUAUCCUUGCCGUAUGAAUCAUCUUGGGUCGAACAGCUCCGUGCUGGGACGAUGGACGCAUUCACAGCGCUUCUCCUCACACGGAUUCCAAAACUGAGAAGUCUGCGCAUAGAGGGAAACUUCUCCCAAGAAGCGCGGUUGUCCGGUAACGUGCUUCGAUCAGCUCUCUGCGACCACAGUGGCACCAACCUUCCUGGUUUCGAGGAUCUUCAUACCGUAGUCUCCAAAAGCGUGUGGAGUCGAACUCGAAUAAUUAUGAUGCCGAAUACCGAGGACCUUCUACCGUUGUUCUACCUUCCAACUUUACGAAAGCUCGAGGCACUCAUUGACACGCCACAAUCCGGACAAAUCAAGUGGCCAAUCAGUCCACCCAGACUAUCGAACCUCACAUCAUUGAAUCUGCGGGUUCUGCGAGAAACGUCAAUCGAGCAGGUGUUGCGUGCGACGCCCUGCCUCAAGUCUCUUACAUGGCACUGGGUCUACCUCGCUGAAGAACGCGAACUACCUUGGGGUCCAAUCAUCAAUCUCGAGAUGGUUGCAUCUGCUUUGAGCUGUGUGCGAGACACGCUUGAAAACUUGAAAAUUAGCGCCAGCGUGUGUUUGGGUGUCCACAACAUUGAUUAUGACUCCAUGGAAGUGCGCGGUGAUCUGCGUUCCCUAUCCGCCUUCCAGCUGAAGACCCUCCAAAUGCCAUGGCCCUUCUUUGUGGGGUUAUCAAUAGACCGUGGUUUGCAGUUUGGACAAGUGGUUCCGACAUCGGUAGAACACCUGAUCGUCUCAGAAGAUUUCCCAAUGAUUGAAUGGGAAGACGAGGAGAUGAUCGAGCAAUUGCUUGAAUAUGUAGGAGGUCUACAACCGUCUGGAGAUCAGUUACGGAGUCUGCAUUUGGUGUCACACUAUGACUCCUUCCCCUGGAUCAAUAGCGAUAAGUCGGCUAAGAGGAGAGAGGACAUAACGGAAGUUUGUACAAAGCAUGGAGUUGAGUUUAGGAUAGUUCAAGAUUGAAACUUCUUCCAAAGGAAGUUAGAAACGAGGAAAAGAUAAUGGAAAUAGAGGAGUGAUAUUUGAAAUAUUAUCACGAAGCAGGCCUUCUUGAGGGGCAUUU